UCUAAUUUUUAAAAAACCACACCAAGUAAAAUGGCUCCGUUAAGUCUUGCGAAACAUAUAUUUUAUUUUUAUAAUCAUAAUAAUUACUGAAAAUACUCGUGACAUAUGUGAUUAACUUUAUCACAACCAUUACUAUUUAUUUACUUUCUAGACAAUGUCCUUGAUGUAAUCCGUGUUAAUUAGUUCCGAGAUUAUAAUUGUCGCGAUCGAUGUUUUUAUGAACAUUUUAGUUCCUUCAUUUUCUUUGUUUGUUUUCAUCCUCUUCCGUUUUUUAACUGUGCAAGUAUUUUUCGGUGAUUUUGAUAAUUAAGUAGUAAUAUAUUAAUUGUUAAAUAAUUAAUCAUGGCCGAUAGUAUAAAAGAAACGCACGAGAUCCAAGGAACAAUGAAGAGUUUGACAAAUGGUGGCAAUGGUUCUGACAGUGAUAUGAAAUUGGAACCAUCAAGUCCAACAGAACGAUAUGUUUUUUCAAGAUGUAAUAGUACUGGUUCAUUACACACACCGUCGUCAUCAGCACAUAAUACUGAUGAAGACAGCGAUAACAAAAACUCGACAAUAAGCUACAAAGAGCGUCGCCGAGAAGCUCACACCCAAGCCGAGCAAAAAAGACGUGACGCGAUAAAAAAAGGGUACGACUCCCUUCAAGACUUGGUUCCAUCAUGCCAACACUCAGACUCAUCCGGCUACAAGCUUUCCAAAGCGACGGUGUUACAGAAGUCUAUCGACUACAUUCAGUUUCUGCUGCAGCAAAAAAAGAAGCAGGAAGAGGAACGCAAUGCGCUGCGCAAAGAGGUUCUGGCUUUACGUAUCAUGGAGGCUAAUUACGAACAGAUAGUCAAAGCUCACCAGACUCAGCCGAACCACACCGAGAUGCGAGUGUCCGAUGAAACUAAGUUCCAAGUUUUUCAGAGUAUAAUGGAUCAAUUAUUCCAAAGCUUUAAUCACAUUUCAGUUGCUAACUUUAAUGAAUUAUCGGGUUCUGUCUUCAGUUGGUUAGAGGAGCACUGCAAACCUCAAACAUUACAUGAGGUUGUGCGUUCAGUACUCCAACAAUUACACAACCGAAUUAGCUAGUCGUUUACUGAAAUCAUAUAUUUACUUUUACUAUUAAUCUUCCAAAAUUAAUUAAUUUUUUAAUUAAUUAAUUAAUCAAUCAAAUAAUUGCCUUAGUGGCUGGAAUAAAAGUUACCAAUAAAAAUAUCAUAGUGAUGAUUAAAUAACUAUCAGGGUGCGGAUUUUACGCCGCUAGAAAUAAGAACAAGUCAAUUAUAAUAUUUAACUAUUAAACUAAAUUGGGAAACAAUUAAGUGUAUUUAUGUACAAAAAAUAUAUCUAUAUCUAUAAAUAUAUAGUUUAAAUAUUGUUAA